UGACAGCUUCCGGUCUGGCGUCCCCGCCCCCCGGGUGGCUGAAGCUUUCGGGGCUCCGUGCUGUCAGCCGCAGGGUAGAGUGGGCCGGGCGUGGCUAGGGAACGAGGUCCCCGCGAGCGGGGUCCCUGCAGCCAUGGCCUGCUCCAUCGUCCAGUUCUGCUCCUUCCAGGACCUGCAGUCCGCGCGCGACUUCCUGUUCCCUCAGCUGCGGGAGGAGACCCCCGGCGCCCUGAGGAGGGACCCGAGCAAAUCAUCAAACUGGGAAGAUGAUAGUUGGGGAGCAUGGGAAGAAACAGAACCCCAAGAACCUGAAGAAGAAGGAAAUACUUCUAAAACACAAAAAACUUCCUGGCUUCAAGAGUGUGUUUUAUCCUUAUCUCCAACCAGUGAUCUUAUGGUGAUAGCCCGGGAGCAAAAGGCUGCAUUUUUAGUGCCAAAGUGGAAGCAUGGUGAUAAAGGGAAGGAAGAAAUGCAGUUUGCUGUUGGUUGGAGUGGUUCCUUGAGCGUGGACGAAGGGGAGUAUGUGACCAGUGCCCUCUGCAUCCCAUUGGCAAGCCAAAAGAGGAGUUCCACUGGGCGUCCUGACUGGACCUGCAUUGUGGUGGGGUUCACAUCUGGUUAUGUGCGAUUCUACACUGAGAGUGGUGUGCUUCUGCUUGCACAACUUCUGAAUGAGGACAGAGUGCUUCAGCUUAAGUGCAGGACCUACGAGAUCCCCCGGCACCCUGGAGUGACUGAGCAGAAUGAAGAGCUGAGCAUCUUAUAUCCCGCGGCCAUUGUGACCAUUGAUGGCUUCAGUCUUUUUCAGUCUCUCCGUGCUUGUCGAAACCAGGUGGCCAAAGCUGCGGCAUCAGGCAAUGAGAACAUACAACCACCACCGUUAGCUUAUAAGAAGUGGGGUCUGCAAGAUAUUGACACUAUUAUUGAUCAUGCUAGUAUUGGUAUUAUGACUCUGUCACCUUUUGAUCAAAUGAAGACUGCUUCCAAUAUUGGUGGAUUCAACGCAGCCAUUAAAAACAGCCCGCCUGCCAUGUCUCAGUAUAUCACUGUGGGGUCCAGCCCAUUCACUGGCUUCUUCUAUGCUCUAGAGGGAAGCACUCAGCCGCUGCUGUCUCAUGUCGCUCUCGCAGUUGCGAGUAAACUGACUUCUGCUCUCUUUAGCGCUGCCAGCGGGUGGCUUGGGUGGAAAAGCAAGCACGAAGAAGAAACUGGCCAGAAGCAGAAGCCCAAGAUGGAGCCAGCCACUCCCCUAGCUGUGAGAUUUGGACUUCCGGAUUCUAGACGCCAUGGAGAAAGCAUAUGCCUGUCUCCUUGUAACACCUUGGCAGCAGUCACAGAUGAUUUUGGCAGAGUUAUCUUGUUGGACGUCGCUCGAGGAAUUGCAAUACGGAUGUGGAAAGGGUACCGAGACGCCCAGAUUGGAUGGAUUCAAAUUGUAGAGGACCUCCAUGAAAGAGUACCAGAAAAGGGGGAUUUUUCCCCCUUUGGAAAUAAUCAAGGUCCUAGUCGAGUAGCUCAGUUCCUCGUGAUCUAUGCUCCACGGAGGGGAAUUUUAGAAGUGUGGAACACACAGCAAGGACCAAGGGUGGGAGCUUUCAACGUGGGUAAGCACUGCAGGCUGCUGUACCCUGGCUACAAAAUAAUGGGCUUAAACAAUGUGACAAGUCAGAGUUGGCAGCCUCAGACUUACCAGAUCUGUCUUGUUGACCCGGUGUCUGCAAGUGUGAAGACAGUGAACGUGCCUUUCCAUCUAGCACUGAGUGACAAGAAGAGCGAAAGAGCCAAGGACCUACACCUGGUGAAGAGACUGGCGGCCCUGCUGAGAGCCACGCCUCCUCCCGGGCUGGAUUCAUUUGAAACGGAAAUAAAGGAGUUGAUACUUGAUAUUAAGUACCCCGCAACCAAGAGACAAGCUCUGGAAAGUGUUUUGGCCAGUGAACGUUUAUCAUUUUCCUGCCUUAGAAAUGUUACUCAGACUUUAAUGGACACUUUAAAAAAUCAAGAGCUCGAGUCUGUCGAUGAAGGACUGCUGCAGUUCUGUGCCAGUAAACUGAAGUUACUGCAGCUUUAUGAAGCUGUCAGCCAGCUGAAUUCUCUGCAUUCUCCCUCAGAUACACCGUUCUCUGAUAAUGACUUGGCUGUGUUGCUAAGGCUGGACGAUAAGGAACUCGUGAAGCUCCGGGCCUUGUUAGAGAAGUACAAGCAAGAAAACACCAAGAGCACUGUCCGGUUUUCUGAGGAUAGAGACGGAGUGCUGCCUGUCAAGAUCUUCCUUGAAUAUCUAGAGUAUGAGAAGGAUGCACUCAGCAUAAAGAAGAUAAGCGAAGAGGAGUAUGUGGCUCUCGGCAGUUUCUUCUUUUGGAAGUGUUUGCAUGGAGAAAGCUCCACUGAGGAUAUGUGUCAUACUCUGGAGUCUGCGGGAUUUAGCCCUCAGCAGUUACUGUCUCUGCUCCUAAGUGUUUGGCUUUCGAAGGAAAAAGAUAUUUUGGACAAACCGCAGUCUGUCUGCUGUCUUCAUACCAUGCUGUCCCUGUUGAGCAAGAUGAAAGUGGCCAUUGACGAGACAUGGGACUCUCAGUCUGUGUCCCCUUGGUGGCAGCAGAUGCGGAUGGCCUGUAUUCAGUCAGAGAACAAUGGCGCUGCCCUGCUGUCUGCACAUGUUGGACAUUCUGUGGCUGCACAGCUGUCCAACAGUGCUACAGAUAAGAAAUUUUCCCAGACAGUUUUGGGUGCUGAUGCAGAAGCCCUCACAGACUCCUGGGAAGCCCUUUCUCUUGACACCGAGUACUGGAAGCUGCUGCUCAAACAGCUGGAGGACUGUCUCAUACUGCAGACUCUGCUUCACAGCAAGGCCAGUCCUCCCACUGCCAAAGUGUCAUCGCCACAGACAGAGCCACUUCCAAGACUCUCUGUUAAAAAACUGCUAGAAGGAGGAAAAGGUGGUAUUGCAGACAGUGUAGCCAAGUGGAUAUUUAAACAGGACCUCAGCCCUGAAUUGUUGAAAUGUGCCAACCAAGAAAGAGAUGCAGAAAACCCAGAUGAACCCAAAGAAGGUAUUGCCCGAAGUUUCCUUGAGAUGCCAGAGGUGCAGAUAGACCUAGGAGCCAUACCAGACUUGCUGCGUUUAGCCUAUGAACAGUUCCCUUGUAGUCUUGAGCUGGAUGUGCUGCAUGCACACUGCUGCUGGGAGUAUGUUGUUCAGUGGAAUAAAGACCCGGAGGAAGCACGCUUUUUGGUUAGGUCCAUAGAACACUUGAAGCGCAUUCUUAAUGCACAUGUUCAAAAUGGUAUUGCGUUGAUGAUGUGGAAUACGUUCUUGGUUAAAAGGUUUUCUGCUGCUACCUACUUGAUGGAUAAGGUUGGAAAAUCUCCAAAGGAUAGGUUAUGCCGAAGGGAUGUGGGGAUGAGUGACGCAGCAAUGACGUCCUUCCUGGGGUCCUGCCUGGAGCUUCUUCAGACUUCACUGGAGGCUGACAUCAGCAGGGAUGAAAUGCAGGUGCCGAUCCUGGAUACUGAGGAUGCCUGGCUGUCCGUGGAAGGCCCCAUCUCUAUAGUGGAGUUGGCGCUGGAGCAGAAGCCCAUCCACUACCCGCUGGUGGAGCAUCACUCCACCCUGUGCUGCAUCCUGUAUGCAGCCAUGCGCUUCUCUCUGAAGAGCGUGAAGCCACUUGCCCUUUUUGAUAGCAAGGGAAAGAAUGCAUUUUUCAAAGACUUAACUUCAAUUCAAUUAUUACCGAGCGGGGAAAUGGAUCCAAAUUUUAUUUCUAUAAGACAACAGUUCUUACUGAAAGUUGUCAGUGCAGCUGUCCAGGCUCAGCAUUCUGUCACCAAGGACAAAGAUCCCUCCGAAGAGGCAGUGACCACUCAUUGGAAAGACAACUGGCCAGUUCUGGCUGUAGAUUUAGCUCAUCACCUUCAAGUGAGUGAAGAUGUCAUUCGAAGGCAUUAUGUAGGAGAGCUGUACAACUAUGGAGCUGACCUCUUAGGAGAGGAGGCCAUUCUGCAAGUUCAUGACAAAGAAGUGCUGGCAUCUCAGCUGCUCGUGUUGACAGGGCAAAGGCUGGCCCAUGCACUUUUCCACACCCAGACAAAAGAAGGCAUGGAGCUGCUGGCCAGCCUCCCACCCACACUCUGCACCUGGCUGAAGGCGAUGAACCCCCAGGAUCUUCAAAACACUGAUGUGCCAAUUGCAACGACAGCUAAACUGGUGCAUAAAGUGAUAGAGCUCCUGCCAGAGAAGCAUGGCCAGUACAGCCUGGCUCUACACCUCAUCGAAGCCGUGGAAGCCAUGGCUACACUAUGACAGCGUGAGGAGACCCUGUGACCACACAGACCACUGCAUGGCAUUUGACAGCAAGAUCUGGAACUUUGGGGAGGGUUUGUUCUUGUUUUUGUUUUGUAUAAUAAAUAAAUAUAUUACUUUUAAAAAGUGCAAUCCCGGCUAAAUUCCACUUCUUCAGUUGAGACUGAAGAUAAAAUACAUUAGCUGUGCUAUAAUUAAUACAGAUGCUUUACUGUUAGUUUUUCAUUCAAAUAAGCAGCUUUAUUAUUAACUUUGGAAUUGUAACUGGUUAUAACCUGCAAAUUUCAUUCUUACUGUAAUAUUCUAGUUCCUAUCCAAAUGUCUCCAGUGGGUUAAGUGUGUUCGUAUAGCUUCCAUCAGCACGCUAGAGAUAGAGCCCACAUCCCUUUAGAACAUGCAGAUGUCCUUAGGCUUGGCCCUGCACCAGGAUGCCACCUGGCAGGGAGCUCUGGGUGCUGCUGCUGCCAUCAGAGGAGACAUGGCUUUGAGAUCACCGGAAGGGACCUGGAGAAGGACCUGGAGCCUGCUGUACUUGCCAGAAUUGGGAAUCAGAGAUGUGAACAAUGCAGCAGAAUCAAUGAUGAUGUAAACUAAGAUUUAGUCUUUAUUUUGUCAAGUUCCAAAAUUGUAUCCACAUCAGGUAAUUGUAAAAAAUGUAUUAUCUUGUAAGACUUAUGUAAAAAAAGAACAAAGCAAAGAAUCUAAAAUAUUUAAAGUCCAACUUUAUUUUUCUUCCAAGUGUUCCAAAGUGUCUGUUUCUGGGACUUGGUCAUGUUGCCUAUCCCAAGAGCAGGCCAGAGAGCACACUUUGUGCUGUGACAGCCUUAGCAAACCUACCUCACAGCUGGGUGGAGAGGAUAAACUGCGACCAGUUCUAUAGCCUGUAGUGCCUAGAGCAGACCAAGUGCUACCUACCAAAGUGGGAGGCAAACCCACCUACCCCGUCUGGCAACAGCGCUUUGGCUCUGCAGAUCGGCAAGUGCUAACUGCGGUUUAACUAUCUCUGGAAUGUAGCCAUACAGUGCAAUUAUUGGUGUCUGCCAUGACCACAGUUGUUCACAGGAAUCAUUCUAAUAGUGGGAAGAAGCCAACUCCACCAUUGUGAAGGUUGAGAAUGUUCUUCAGGGACACCCAGUAAAAGUCUGAACCUGAGUACACACAAAUGUGAAUUCUUUUCCCUUAAAAAGUUAGAUCUAGGUAAGAUUGUGCCUGGCUAAAACUAACACUGUUAACUGUCAGAUUUCACACCUUCAAAGAGAAAUACUUCAUGUGUCACUCGGGUGGCUGAGGAGCAGCUGGCCAUGGGCUGCUAUCUCUUUAAGUCCAGCUUGAGUGACAGAAAACCCGCUCUUCUGUAUGUACGUGGUCCCAGGAAGUCCGUUCUCCCAUGCCCUGCAGUACUCUGGAAGAGGAGCAGGCACCACUAAUGAUGACGGUCUUUUUACUCUAAUUCCAUUACUUGUUUGGGAGGGGGGUGGCUUGUGUUUUUUUUUGAGAAUAAAACUGGCUAAAUUUACUCUUGUAAGUCACUUAAGAGAACCAGAACACAAAUUGUUAAGGCUCUCAGAUGUGUCAUUCAAAAUAUACAUAGAAUUUAAAAACUAAAUCCUGAGUCUGUUUAACAAAAACAGUAAAAUAGUCUACUACUUUACUAAGGGCUUUAAAAAUAAAUCUGAUAAAGAAAAAUUAACAUUUAUGUAUCCAUUCUCUAACAACGAAGUGCCACAAAUAAAGUAAUUAGGUUCUAAUAUGGGGCUGGUGUCCCUACAACGAGAGCCUGACACAUGCCCUUAGCCAGUAGUGUUUCCCUAGAUGCCCCAUCUCUUCUUACAAUUCCAUAUUUUUAUCUUGUUAAUGAAAGUGUCAGUUAACCCUAACUUCUCUGUCCCAGGUUGUGCUUAGAUGUAGAUAGAAGAGGAGGGCCGGGAUAAAUGUAGACACAGCAGUACACAGCACCAGGCUUCCCAUGCUUCCCACUCUGGCAGAGACAGAAAAGAGCUGUACCUUGUUAGAAAAGUCCAUCUAAGGUCAGUGUGAAGCCUGCUGCAUUUACAUAGCUUUUUAAAAAUAUGAUUACUUGUGAUUUAAAAUCAUGGAAAACUAAGACUUAGUACCAAUAAGCUUACAUUGAUUACAGCAUUCACUUAGAAACAAGUAUUCUUAAACAGUACACUAGCAACAGUGAAGGCUCUCACCUCAGGGAUGGGUUUGCUAGGCAGCUAGAUUCUGCUUAGUAGAUUAGCCAUCCUUGGAAGAUCAAUCCAGUUUUGGAUUCCUUACAAGAUGCUCUAUUAUUUAUCUACUGUCAAUGUAUUGUAAGUAGUGAAUUCUGUAUAUACCAUUAUUUUCCAUGUCUGUUCAUUAUUGUGAACUUAUGUAUAUUAGUGAAAUAAAUUUUCAGCUUUCAUGUUA